AUGGAUAAUACCCCGACCGACGGGUUAAAGAAGCGAUGGUUUAUUGAGGGUCUACAACCAUCACUGCGGAAAAAGAUGAAGGUAGUACCCCCAUCCACUUUCAUGGAGGCAUACAAUAGAGCCAUGGAUAUUGAAAGUGAGAACAAGACAUCAAAGGGCAAGAAGCAUACAAGCGAUGAAGAUAGUAGUGAUCAGGAGAGCGAGGAGGAGUCACGUACGAUACAAGCACUCCGGAAGGAUAUGAGACGGAUGAUGCGGGAAAUGAGGACGCAAAAGGAAGAAAGUAGGGAGGGCAGAGACCUCUGGAGUGCCCAAGUACUUUAUACUCAAGAACAGGCAACACCACCCACUACACCCACCAAGAACACAAACUCAGAUGCGUCACCAGGCGGCUAUAGGACCAGCCGGAGGGGGAGUAACAACAACAGCAAUAAUAAUACACCACGGGGUCGCAUCCAAUACGAUGCAAAAGGAAGACCAAUGAUACAAUGUCGACGAUGUAACGAAUGGGGCCAUUUUGCACGCGACUGCCAGAGUGGUGCUGGGUAA